AUGAAGCUCGCGCGCUCCCUCCACACCCGCGCCGCCAAGACCAAUGCGCUCGUCUACACGCCGCCGACGCCCCCGCCCGCCCGCCCGGGGCCGCUGAGCGGGACGCGGGUCGCGGUGAAGGACAACAUCUGCACGCGCGACAUGCCCACGACGUGUUCGUCCGAGAUGCUCCGCGACUUCACCUCCCCGUUCGACGCCACCGUCGUCUCCCUCCUGCGCGCCGCCGGCGCCCAGAUCGUCGGCAAAGCCAACUGCGACGAGUUCGGCAUGGGCUCGCUCAACGUCCACUCCAUCCACGGGCCCGUCCUCAACCCCUGGGUGCCACGCGACGAACACGAACACGCCCCGCGGAGCGCGGGCGGCAGCUCGGGCGGGUCGGCCGCUGCUGUAGCCGCUGGGUUGUGCGACGUCGCGCUCGGCACGGACACGGGCGGCUCCGUCCGCCUCCCCGCGGCCUACUGCGGGGUAGUCGGGCUCAAACCGUCCUAUGGGCUGCUGAGCAGGUGGGGCGUCGUCUCCUACUCCGACUCGCUCGACUGCGUCGGCGUCCUCGCGCGCUCCGUCGCCGACGUCCACAAAGUGUUCGCAACCCUAAACCACCACGACCCGCGCGACCCCACCUCCCUCCCGCCCUCCAUCCGGCAGCGCGCGCGUUCCGCCCCCGCGCGGGGGCGGGACCCCUCCGACCUGCGCGGGCUCACGAUCGGGAUUCCGCAGGAAUACUUCCCCGCCGAGCUCCCCGCCCUCCCCCUCCGGCCCCUCCUCCGCGCCCUGCGCGCGCGCGGCGCCGCCCUCGUCCCCGUGUCCCUCCCCAGCACGCGCUUCGCCCUGAGCGCGUACUACGUGAUCGCCAGCGCGGAGGCGGGGAGCAGUUUGGGGCGGUUCGACGGGGUGCGCUACGGUAAACACGUCCCCCCGCCCCCCGGCGCGGACCGCGCCAAAGCGAGCCAGGUAUAUGCCCACUCGCGGACCAAAGGCUUCGGGAGGGAGGUCCGGAAGCGGGUGUUGUUGGGGACGUACGCGUUGAGUGCGGACGCGUUCGACAACUACUUCCUGCAAGCGCAGCGCGUCCGGCGGCUCAUCAAGGCGGACUUCGACCGCGUCUUCUUGAAGCCGAACCCGCUCCGCGGGUCCCCAUCACGCUCGGAUGAACGCGAAGAGGAAGGCAAAGUCGACGUCCUCCUGCACCCCUCCGCGAUGCGCACCGCGCCGCCGCUCCCCGCCCCCUCCCCCGCAACACACCUGGACGCGUACGUCCAGGACACGCUCACCACGCCCGCCUCCCUCGCCGGGCUGCCCGCGCUCAGCGUCCCCGCGGGCCUGGCCGACGGCUGGCCGGUCGGCGUGAGCGUCGUGGGGCAGUGGGGCGACGAGGAGGGCGUGCUGGGCGUGGGGAGGGUGGUGGAGGCGGUGGUGGGGAUGUGA